UAGUAGUAGUGAAAGUAUCGAGCAUAAAUCCGAUCCAUAAUGCAGAAGGACAAAAAAAUUCGGUGGAUUUGAAGGAGUUGAUGGCCGACCAAGCGGAGGCACAACCCCAGAAAACGCAAUAUUCACAAAGUCAAAUAUCACAGUCAAAGGAGAGAGAUUCCCUCCUCUCUCCGUCUCUCCGUCUCUCUCACGUCAAAAACUGGAGUCCUAAUUUAUUGAGGAGAGAGAAUGGGGAAGAACCCUUUGUCCUUCCGCCGGACAAUUUCUCGUCGCCGGAAUAAUCGGAAAGUUGUUCCGCCGGAAAAUUCGGCGAUAGAAAUAGUUCCGACGACGAAAAACGACGAUGUUGCGGGAACUUCUGCGAGUAAAGGGAAGAAGAAGAUGGGAGGAGCGAGAUUGUGGAUGAAAUUCGAUAAAUUUGGACAGUCGGAAUUGAUUGAGUGGGAUAAAAGUGCGAUUAUUAAACGUGUUGGUAUUCCGGCGAGGGAUUUGAGGAUUCUUGGCCCUGUUUUCUCUCAAUCUUCUAAUAUUCUUGCUAGAGAAAGAGCCAUGGUUGUGAAUCUAGAGUUUAUAAAGGCCAUAGUUACUGCUGAAGAGGUGCUUUUGCUUGACCCUCUCCGUCAGGAGGUUCUUCCUUUUGUAGAUCAGCUUCGGCAGCAGCUUCCUCAGAAGAGCCAAGGUAUGAAUAAAGCAGGACAUGUUGAUGACAGGGACAGUAAACAGCAUCCCACUGAGGUGCAAUGGGCACGUACACCUGAACCUGUUGAGGGCGAGCAGCAGGAGCUUCCAUUUGAAUUUCAGGUGCUUGAAAUUGCUUUAGAGGUGGUGUGUUCAUAUUUGGAUUCCAAUGUGGCUGAGCUUGAGAAACAUGCCUAUCCUGUGUUAGAUGAUUUAGCUCGGAAUGUCAGCACCAAGAAUCUGAAACGUGUGAGGAGUUUGAAAAGUAAUCUUACUCGCUUGCUAGCCCGGGUCCAAAAGGUCAGAGAUGAAAUUGAGCAUCUUUUGGAUGAUAACGAAGAUAUGGCUCAUCUGUAUCUUACGAGGAAGUUGAUCCAGUAUCAACAAUCUGAAGCUUUGUUGAACUCUGCUGCUUCAAAUUCCAUUGUGGCGACACCACAUGCUCUUCACCGUAACAGUUCCUAUCGGAGUGGAAGUAUGAUGACCAGCAACUAUUGGGAUGAUGAUGUUGAAGAUCUUGAAAUGUUAUUGGAGGCUUAUUUCAUGCAGUUGGAUGGGACUAGGAACAAGAUAUUGUCUGUGAGGGAGUAUAUUGAUGACACGGAAGAUUAUGUUAACAUCCAACUUGACAAUCAGCGUAAUGAACUUAUUCAACUGCAGCUCAAUCUUACGAUUGCGUCAUUCGCUAUAGCAAUUGAUACCCUAAUAGCAGGAGCUUUUGGCAUGAACAUACCGUGUAGCCUGUAUAAGACGAAUGGUGUAUUUGGCUACGUUGUUGGAGGUGGCACUGCCUUCUCUUUUCUGAUUUUUAUCCUCAUUUUAGGAUAUGCCAGGUGGAAGAAGCUACUUGGCUCUUAAUCAUCCACAUUGCAACUUCAAUAUAUAUAUGUAUACUCCAUAUGUAUAUGUUCAAAUUGUCAAUGACCAUAGAUCGCAUUCAUCAUGAGAUGUGAAGUCAGUUACAAAGAUCUUAACUUUUGUGUAGAGUGAAUACCUUGAUAGUGCAAUUGAAGCUUCUUACUGUAUACAUCUUCCAUCUUCUUUAUUGAGCAAUAAAUAUUUGGAAGAUUAUGAUGGGUGAGAAUGGUGGUGCUGAAAUUUUAUCGUCUCUUAUGUAUAGACUCCAGUGGCUUCAGUUUGGUUC